AUGGGCUCAUACUACAACAUCGAUGCAAUCUUGACAGAUUCUCAGAAAGUACCUUGCACCUUUGAACUCUCGGUUCCCAACCUAGGAUACCUGCAGGGUAACCCAGGAGAAGAUAUAAAACAAGGCUCGAAAGUUGAGCUACCACUAUGGCUAGCCGAAAUGCUGGCCGUGAGCAAUCCCUCAGGGAAUUCAUCACUAGCAACUCUCGACCUACCCCAAGCACUAUCCCAACGCGUCAUGAAUGCCCUGAAAGCAGACCCAAAAACAGUAGAUCUACGAGCACAAGCCCAGCACUUUUACAACAUCGGGGCUCGCAUGCUGGAACUUUUCGAAGAAGAGGAAAUGGUCGAUAUCUUGACCGACACAUUCAAACAGCGUGCAGUCGAAAUCUCAGAUCAAGCGCUGAACUCACGAAGUGCAUUGGGUGAAGGCGCUGAAUUUGCAAGGGGUCUGGACGACACAGAACGACAAUUGUUCCGUGCCGCUCACGAUGGCAACAACGCAGUAAGGAAAUGGUUUGAGACAGCCCAGAAGUCUUGA